UGUUUAAACGCCCGCCCUCAAACGAACUCUCCUGCACAGCUCGUAGAGAAGAGGCCGCGAGCCGAUGGGUGCUACUGGGUCGUCGGUGUCGCGCGUCCCAGGGGCGGAUGAGAUUCAAAAGGAAACGGGCUUCUCUUCUGCACAUAUCUAUCGACUGUAUGACAGAUUCCAAGUACUGGACAAAGAUGACAAUGGUGUGCUCAGCCGUAGAGAUCUCCAAAGCAUUGGUGAGCUUGCAGUAAACCCACUGGGGGACAGGAUCAUAGAUGCAUUUUUUCCUAAUGGGGUGGAGACAAUUGACUUCCGUUCAUUUGUCAGAAUCCUUGCUCAUUUCCGGCCCACAGAAGAGAACCGAGUGAGGGAACCUAAUGCAUCAGAGCCACUCAACAGCAGAAACAGCAAGUUAAAGUUUGCAUUUCAGUUGUAUGACCAAGACAAGGAUGGUAAAAUCUCUAGAGCUGAACUUUUGCAGGUUUUACGAAUGAUGGUUGGGGUGGAGGUUACAGAUGAGCAACUGGAAAGCAUAGCUGACCGAACAAUCCAGGAAGCUGAUUUGGAUGGAGACGGAACUAUCUCCUUUGAGGAGUUCAAGAAGUCACUGGAAAAAGUGAAUAUUGAGCAGAAGAUGAGUAUACGCUUUUUGCGAUAGAGAGCAUUGCUUCCGGGAUGUACAUGGAGAGUGACUUCAUAGUAACUUCACAAAGAUCCAAAGCAUCCAAUUGUGUCCAGAUUUCAUCUCAUGUGGUGACUCAUCUAAUAAUAAAUAAGUAUUGAACAAA